AUAUAAGCGAUCCAAUUGGAUCGCUGGAUCACUGAGAAGUCAUUGGUUCGUUUUACAAUCGGAUGUGGGGAAUUUUCAAAAGCCUGAAUAAAAGUCAAUGAAAGUAUUGAUGAAUAGACCUCAUGACAAGGGCCAUUCCUGAUCAUUUUGAGUGAUACAAAGGGUGACAUAUCCGAUGUCAUCAUGGAGUCACCAUCACGAAUCCCGCUCACCGCAUUCUUCCGUGCCCUCGGCGCUCCGACCCGAUCAUCCUUUUGGCUAAUUAAUAGUGGAUAUGUUUCUGCACAUCUACAGUGCAGUAUGAAUGGUUCAGGACAGCCUCUUGAGCACAAGGCUUCAUGAGCAAGGGAGCUGCAUGCGGUUUGUUUCUUUUUGUUGCCAUUUUUUGUUUCCUCUCACACGUGCAAGUCUGACACUGACCUCUCUGUGUUCUUUUUUUUUUUUUUUUUUUAAACCAUGUGCCAUCUAUUUAACAUCCUACUGGCUGUCCUGAGCCGCGUCCUGUUUUUUGUCCAUGGCAUCGUGACAGUGUGGCGAGUGGUGGCAAUAAAAGGACCAGCGUAUUGGGUUCUCCUAGUAGGAGUUUCUCUACUGGCAGUUGAGAUUGCCAUCACCCUGAAGUACACCAAAAAUGCAGAAUGGAAAUGGUUCUCCCCGAUGGUUUUUCUCUACCUUUGCACUGUCGUUCCGUCCAUUUGGGUCUUGGAGCUGAGCCUGUUGAAAGGGCAGACACGCGCCAAUACAACACAUGCCGAAAAACUUUUGCAAAGGAUGCAGUUAUCAUCGAAAAUGAUUUAUCUCGACCCAGACGAAUGGGUGACUGGUCUGGAGCAGACCAUGCUCAUUGUGCUGGUGAUCGGACGCUGGCUGAUGCCAAUGGGGCACAUGUCUCGAGAGCAGCUCUCCCAGCUCCUCAUGGUCUACGUGGGACUGGGCGCCGACAUCCUGGACAUCUUUGAUACCUUCAGGUUAGAGGAGAUCAUGAUCAAGAAAAAGCUGGUCAUCAUUGGUUUAUUUCUCUUCACGUGGGCGCUGAUGCAGUUCCCUCUGGUGCUCACUCAUAAGAGUGGGCAGGAACGGAGGACCGCGGGGCGCUUUGUCGGUGGCCGUAUUAACAACAUUACCAAUAACAUGAAGACGUGCUGCCCGAGUGAAGUGUGGAUCUUGCUUCUAACGGUGGGACUCCAAGAUGGCCCCUUCAUGUGCUACCGUGUCUAUCUCAUGCUGCACGAAAAGGUGCUCAACCAGCUGAUGAUCUUCUUCACCUGCAAGAACAUUCUCGUCGUUCUCAUCGAGUUCUAUCGGAUAUUUGUGGUGAAAUGGGAGCAUCAGAAGAACAGGAAGUAUGGAGAUUUAGCCACCAGGGUGACAUUUUGUGACGUCUGCUGCCGGAAGCAGCAGGCGGACCUGCAGGUUGCCGACAUUGAAUUGACAACGUCAGGACAGGAUUCUGAGACGCAAGGCAUGGUCGCACAGAGGGAGGAGUGAGAUCAGAUCGGGGACCGACUACGCUUACUUUUAAACACUUCAUUGAGAUACUUUUAUUGCACUUUUGAAAUGAGAAAAAGACUUACCAAAAAGACCCAUCUUUUGAAAAACAAGAACUUUGAAUUUAUUAUUAGGAAAAAAAAAACCUGCACAAACGUUUUUUA